AAUCCAUUAUUAUUGAGAAACUCAGAAAAAGCGAAGAAGGUUGAAGGAAGCAUAUUCAUGCUACUUCAGAGUUGAAAAUUGAAGAAAAAUAUGAGUGGUGCUGCAAUCCUCUACGGUGCGCUUAUUCAUCCAUCAUCACCUUUGAUUCAACAACAACGCUAUCAUUAUAUAUCACCACCAAUCCCAAUUCGACCGCUAUGCAUCUCCCCUCUCACCACCGCUAUUGUUUCCACCACCUCCGUUCUCCAACGCGAUUCCGCAGUUGAACUCGCGUCCUCGUCACCGUCAAUCGACUCAAACGACACCGUUUCGCCGCAGAAUGAAACGGUUGAGCUGGAGACAGAGCGCCACACCGACGAAACAGUUCCGCGGCCACUCUCGUCCGAAUAUAAAGGAACGAGACUUCGAAAGAAGAAAGACGACGACGUCGUUUCGGAUAACCGCUUCAAGCUCCGCAACGGAAGAGAAGUUUUUGAGGAAAAAGCGUAUCUCGUAGGCGUUGAGCGCAAGAACGAUGUUCAGGAUUUUGGAAUCGAAGAGUCUCUGAGCGAAUUGGCGCAGUUAGCUGACACUGCCGGAUUAUUGGUUGUUGGCUCUACUUACCAGAAGCUCACAUCUCCAAACCCUAGGACAUACAUCGGCUCUGGCAAGGUUUCUGAAAUUAAGAGCGCAAUUCAUGCACUGGGUGUUGAAACCGUUAUCUUUGAUGAUGAACUGUCAGCUGGGCAAUUGCGCAACUUGGAAAAGAUUUUUGGUGGAGAUGUGAGAGUUUGCGAUCGAACUGCUCUCAUCCUUGAUAUAUUUAAUCAACGAGCAGCAACACAUGAAGCAUCUUUACAGGUUUCGUUAGCACAAAUGGAAUACCAACUACCUCGUCUAACAAAAAUGUGGACUCAUCUUGAACGUCAAGCAGGAGGAAAGGUGAAGGGAAUGGGUGAAAAGCAAAUAGAAGUGGACAAACGUAUUCUGCGUAAUCAAAUUGGUAUUCUAAAAAAAGAGCUAGAAUCUGUUAGGAAACAUCGAAAGCAGUACCGUAACAGGCGUUUCUCAGUUCCUGUGCCAGUGGUAUCUCUGGUUGGUUACACAAAUGCCGGUAAGAGUACACUUUUGAAUCAACUAACUGGAGCAGAUGUUCUUGCUGAGGAUAAAUUAUUUGCAACUUUAGAUCCAACUACGAGGAGGGUCCAGAUGAAGAAUGGAAAGGAGUUUCUCUUAACAGACACUGUUGGUUUUAUUCAGAAGUUACCUACUACUCUAGUUGCUGCCUUCAGAGCCACUCUGGAGGAGAUAUCGGAGUCAUCGCUGAUGGUGCAUGUGGUUGAUAUAAGUCAUCCCCUGGCCGAGCAACAGAUAAAUGCAGUUGACAAAGUGUUGUCAGAACUAGAUGUAUCAUCAAUUCCAAAAUUGAUGGUCUGGAACAAGGUUGAUAAAGUUAGUGAUCCCCAUAAACUCAGGCUAGAAGCUGAAAAAAGAGAUGAUGUUGUAUGCAUAUCUGCUAUAAGUGGUGAUGGUUUACAAGAAUUUUGUAAUAAAGUUCAAGACAGGCUAAAGGACUCCAUGGUUUGGGUGGAAGCCUUGCUCCCAUUUGAAAAUGGAGACCUUCUCAGUACCAUACACCAGGUUGGAAUGGUUGAGAAAAUUGAAUAUACUGAGCAAGGGACAUAUAUCAAGGCACACGUGCCCCUGCGUUUUGCGAGAAUGCUCACACCCAUGAGGCAACUGUGCGUAUCGCGACCUUAACUUUCUUUAAUAUAUCUAGUUUUGCAGCAUAAGAUGUACAAAUGUAUGUAAUUAUUGAAAUCUUAUUCAAAAGAAUGGGAUGGCAAUGCAAAAUGUAUUUAUAACUA